AUGGCAGACAAGCUAACAUUGGAGCGGAAAGGCUCCCUCAGGUCCGGUCUCUCACCACCAUCCUCCGCCGUCGAAGACGACUCUGGUCCUUCUCCCGAAAGAGGCGAUUUUCUGGCCGGCGUGCGAAAGGGCAUUAGGAAGUGGGGUUCAGUGUCCGGUGGGCGUGCCAGGCCGCCAAAUAUACAGGUUGGCGAAAGUUCAACCUCGACAUCAACCGAUCCCGAUCCCGCGCUAGCAUCUGCAUCGACUGGCAAUCCAAGGACCCCUCUGACGACGAGGAAGAAGCAUGAGCGCAGUAGAAGCAACCUGAAUCAAGAAAAGCCCUUGCCGAGGACCCCGAUAUCUCCAACAUCCCCAGCUCCCAAACAACCCUCCGUCAACACAUUCUCUCCUCCCGAUACACCGAAAGUCUUUGCUGAAAUGUCGCGACCAGCUGCGAGCGGUAGCCGGACUAGUACCAUGGACUCGAUGACGUCCGAUUCUACCGCGCCAAUGUACGCCGGUGGUUUCAAGCCGGCUUCAAGCACAUAUUUAGCAGAUAUGACCAGCAGCCAGGGUAGUAUUGCAAGCUCAGGCAAGCAAGAAGCAGAUGACGAUAAGGAGAUCACGACACCGCGCAGCAAUGGCCCUCCAUCUGCAGGCCCAUCUCCCGCCCAGCCACGCUCUGCGGGGGGCGCAACAGGUGGAACACCUGGAGCUCCCUCAUCAGCACACCUUUCGGGUCUCAUGUGUAACGUACAUCGAACCACCGGAAGAGAGCCUCAUCCUCUCGUGGGUGCUACAACCACAAUACUGGGGGAUAAGCUCUACGUAUUUGGUGGACGGAUACUAUCAAGAUCGAAACCUUCCCUCACGUCAGAUUUAUAUGAGCUCGAUCUAAUACGGCGACAUUGGACAAAAGUUGAUACGCUGGGAGAUGUACCUCCUCCUCGAUAUUUCCAUAGUGUAUGCCCCCUGGGGGACACUAAACUUGUGUGUUAUGGCGGCAUGUCACCGGCACCGACCCAGGGCCAAAAUCAGCAAGUGGUUUCUGCCCAGAAUGUCCAGGAUGCCCAGCCAGAAGUGGUUGUGAUGUCUGAUAUUUAUAUAUAUGAUGCACCGACAAGAACAUGGACAUUCGUUCCAACUCAAGAAACACCGCAAGGCAGAUAUGCACACUGUGCCACUAUUCUCCCAUCGUCCGCAACCUUCUCCUCCGUCAACGCCCCUUCUUCGGCGAUUCACCAUAACCCCUCUGGGUCCAAUCCCAACCAAGGAAGUAUUGGUGUUAAUAUUGAUGGAACAGGUGGCGCGGAAAUGGUGGUGGUUGGAGGCCAAGACAGCGCAAAUCACUAUAUUGAGCAGAUUAGCGUCUUCAAUCUACGAAGUCUGAAGUGGGCAAGCACACAGCAGCUGGGGAAGAGCUGUGGUGCUUAUCGCAGUGUGGUUGCUCCCCUCCCAGGCAACAUCUCUGCUCGUGUGGGGAAAUCCUCACCAACCAAACCGGACUAUGGCAGUUUCGGCCAAGAUGCAAAGGAGCCGGGAUCGUCGAUGUUGAUUUACUCCAACUACAACUUCCUGGACGUCAAAUUAGAGCUACAAAUACGCUCAUCUGAUGGGACGUUGACCGAGAAGCCGAUGCAGGGUACAUUCUCACCACCAGGUCUUCGUUUCCCUAAUGGUGGGGUCAUAGACACAAACUUUGUUGUUAGUGGGACCUAUCUCACGUCGUCAAAGCAAGAGUAUGCUCUGUGGGCACUGGAUCUACGGACCUUGACUUGGAGUCGCAUUGACGCAGGCGGAAAUGUCUUCAGUCAAGGAAGCUGGAAUCGUGGCGUGCUUUGGAGUCGGCGCAAUACUUUUGUUAUUCUCGGCAAUCGAAAGCGAAGCCUGGUAGAGGAUUAUAACCACCGACGAAUCAAUUUCUCGAAUGUUUGCAUGGUCGAACUGGAAGCAUUUGGCUUGUACGAUAACCCAAGAAGAGCCACGCCUAUGUCUGGGUUUGUCUCUGCUAGCGCGCCUUUCGCUGCCCCAUCAUUAAGCUUAAGUUUACGGGCAGGCUGGACUGCUGGCGGACGCACACUUUCCAAAGCGGCAGAGGAAUUAGGGCAGAGCGCACUUGGCCUGAGAGAGCUUGCAGAUAUGGAUAUCCUCUGUGUGGGCGGCGAAAGAAUUCCCGUCAACUCCCGUGUCGUUGCAAGAAGGUGGGGAGCAUAUUUCGUGCAGCUUCUUCGUGAGGGAGCCGCAACACAGGACGGCAAUGAUUCUGCAACAUUACGACCAGAGAAUAUGUUCCGUAACAACAACCCGAGUAGAAAUAGUAGCAUUACCAUCACCCCGAGCGUUGGGAACUCGUCUUCAAAUAUGUCGACUUCAUCCACACUCAACAAUACCUCUACGGCUUCUAUUUCGUCUGGACACCAGUCGGUUGAACCCUCUACACUCUAUCUCCCUCCAGACUCGAGUGGUCUGGCUCCAACAUCCCGGCCAAGGACGCUUUAUCUUCCUCAUACUCAUUUGACCAUACACUCACUUCUUCACUAUCUUUACACCUCCUCGCUGCCGCCCUCCCCAUCACCGCUUUGUACCCCGCAAAUCCUAUGUUCACUCCUCCAGCUCGCGCGUCCCUAUAAGAUCGACGGUCUCCUCGAGGCCGUAGUUGAACGGUUACACGGUGUACUUGAUUCUAGGAAUGCAGCAGCGGUAUUCAACGCGUCCGCCAUGGCUGCAGGCGGCGGAAGAGCGACAAGCUUGAAUUCGGCAUUCGGGGAAAACUGGCUCUCAACAGACUUUGCUGAUGUCCCAGGUGGCAGUUCAAAUGCAAGCCCUCCAACCACGCAGUUAGGGGCCAUUGGUGGAGACCCGAAUUCAAGAAGCCAGCUACUUCGCAUUAACACCUCAGUUGGCGGUAUUAGCACAGGGAGCAGUAGCAGAAGGGCCGAUGACGAAGAGAGCUUGAGUGCAUCAUCAAGUGUGGCAAGUGAUGCAUUAGGCUCGGACGUCAGUGGGGGUAUGACCUCCGACGCCGAAUCGAGGAAUGAUGCAAAUGGUAAGGAAAUAUGGAAGGGCGACAUUAGUGCUGUGAUUGGCCUGCAAAAGAGGGGAUUGAGAGGAUUGAUGGAGGGGAGAAGGCUUAGAGAAAGAGGUGGGAGUGUACCACAUGCACCGGGGCCGCGGGUAGGGUUGGGAAUUGGAGCAAGCUAG